CCUACCUGUGCCAUUUCUCUUUCCCAAAUAAGAGGUAUAGAGUCUUUUUCACAUUGGAAGAGAGAGAGAGAGAGACGCAAAGGAAUACUUAAAUAGGCCAUUAUUUUCCCUCUGCCUGACAUAGAUGAGUGUUGGAAGCGAUUCCGCUAAAGACAGCGAUUCUUUCAAAUGCCAUUUUUCUUCUUCUUCUUCAAAAGUGAACGAUACCAAAUGAUACCGAUCCCUAAAACCAUGAGAAACUGGGUUUGGGACUUUGGGUUCCAAUAAGAAAGGAAUCCAUUUGCAGAAGCAGAAGUAUAGUUCAAACAGAAGGAAGAAUGGGUGCCUCUGCAACUGCUCUAUCUUCUUUCCCCUCGCAUUAUUUCCGUAUAGCUCUUCUGACCUCUCUCACUUCAAACUAUCCCCUGACCUACAGUGGCGUUAGUGUGCUCGGUAACGACAUCUAUGCCUUGGACUCCAAGAUGAAGAAGAGUACAGGGUUUGGGUCGAAGACGAAGAAGGAGAAGGUUAGGGAUGGGCUCGAGGAAAGAGUGUUUCAGGUGAGGAGAGUGACUAGGUGGGCAAGGGUGGGAAGCAACUGCAUUUCAGGGCUAUUGUUGUGGUGGGCGAUAAGCAGGGUUAGGUUGGGGUUGGUGUUGGCAAAGCUAAGGAGGUUAUUGGGGCGGCUCAGAAGUCCGCUACCAAUGCCAGGAGGAAUAGAAUCACCAUGCCCAAACGAAAUCCAAGACGUUCCCUCCCAGGUUUGAAUUUCAAAAUCCAUGAUCAAGGGCCCUCUUUUCCCGCCCCCCGCCUCCGCCUCCUCUCUAUCUCGCUUGCUCACAGUCUCUACUUCAACAAUGGCUAAUGCCACUUCUCUGUCUACUCCACUUGGAACUGCCGCCUGCGAGAAGCAUGCGAAGGAUAUUCAGUUCAUCGAAGAGAUGACCAAGAACGCUAACACAGUCCAGGAGGCGAUUUUGGCUGAGAUCUUGCCCCGAAAUGCUGAGACUGAGUAUCUCCACCGAUACCAGCUUAAUGGCGCAACCGAUCGGGAGACAUUCAAAUCAAAGAUACCAGUAAUCACCUACGAGGAUAUUCAGCUUGAGAUCCAACGCAUUGCCAAUGGUGAUCGUUCCCUAAUCCUCUCCAGUCAACCCAUCUCUGAAUUCUUCACUAGCUCUGGAACUUCCGACGGUGAGAGAAAGUUCAUGCCCACAACUCAAGAAGAGCUGGAUCGCUGUCAACUUCUUCAUAACCUUGUCACACCAUUCAUGAACCUUUACGUUCCAGGCCUAGAACAGGGGAAGGGGCCAUACUUCUUGUUCGUCAAAUCCGGAACCAAGACUCCCGGCGGGCUAUUGGCACGUCCAGCUCUCACUAGCUACUCCAAUAGCGAUCAAUUCAAGAACAGACCCUACGACCCUUACAAUGUAUACGCUAGCCCCAUCGAAGCCAUCCUUUGCACCGAUUCUUUCCAGAGCAUGUACAUCCAGAUGCUAUGUGGCCUCUGCCAACAAAAGGAAGUCCUUCGAGUCGGUGCCAUGUUCGCCUCUGGGUUACUCAGGGCGAUCAGAUUUCUCCAACUCAACUGGCAACAACUCGCCCAUGACAUUUCCACGGGGACCUUGAAUCCCAAAAUCACCGACGCAUGGAUGAACAAAACAUGGAUUUUGAAAUUGUUACUGGGUUUUAUGAGUUGUUUGGUCAGAACCGGUUCAAAUCAAUAUGGUUCGAGUCAUCCAUUAAUCUGAACCGAACUUAGUAACAACAGACCAACAAAAAUAAUCUCAGCCGCAGGUUUAAAGAAGGACACUUGUCGACUUCUGCAGGUAGCAAAACACAGCAAAACAUGGAUGAAGAAAAAUAGACGAUUUUUAUCCACCAAGUUUCAGGUCAUAAUAUGGACGUUUGACCACCGAAACUGUCAACCGAGUCAAAAAAAAAAUACCCAACUCGCCGAGAUUUCAAUAUUUCGGUGGUUUCAAAACCAUCGAAACACCGAAAUGAAACGAUAUUUCAAACCUUGUUAUUCCCAAGGCAUGCAAUAGUAUUGUUGAUAGCCUGAAAAGGAAUGCCCUGUUGAUUUCAUGGAAGACAGAGUGGUCACAUUCCACUCCUUGGCUCCCUGAACUUGUUAUUUAGGAGGCCCUAUUUUGUGCACGAUCUUCUGCUUAAUGACUUUUCUUCUAAAGGGGUGUCCCCAGUGCACAAGGCUACCUCCACUGCGGGGUCUGGGGAGGUCAUAAUUUAGGCAUUUUACCACUGCUUCUCAGAUAGGUUGUUUCUUGACUCGAACCCGUGACCACUUGGUUACAAUGGAACAACCUUACGGUCGCACCAAGAAUGAAUUUUCUUCUUACCAACGAAGAAAAAAAUAAAUAAAUAACUCGCUUCUGGUUCAUUAAAGGUUUUGGGCCCUCAUAAUCUCAAACAUUCAAGUCACUUAAAUAAAAGUGUUUCUUUAAGACAUAAAAUCCAUUUUAGAUGAGAAAUAAAAUCCUUCACAAAUCUUUUCGUUGCUUGGGAUCUCACCACCCCUAGUUUUUUGUGCAUCACCUUUGGGAUCCGACUCCUCUCCUCAGUGGUGAUUGCCCAAGUCGGCCCAUAGCUACCUGGGCAAUCGCCGCGUGUCCAGGCGACGAUCCAAUGGUGCCCAACAAGGCGUGGAAAACAAGGCGCUGACAAAGGCGUUAGGCGCCGUUGGAUCGUCGCCUGGACACAUGGCGAUCGCACAAGUAGCUAUAGGAAAGACCUGGAUGAUCACUCCUCAGAGAGGAGCCAAAUCCCUUUGCAAGCCCUUGAUGCUUUUUUUUUUUUUUUUCUUUUUCCAUCCCUUUCUUUUGUUAAUAUAUUUUCAUUUAUCCCAAAAAAAAAAAGCAUAUAUGUAGUUAUUUUUUUAUUAUGACAUAACUCUUAUAUAAGUUAAUAGUUAUUAAGUAUGAACCAACCCCAAAUGAUUAAAUAUGCAUCUUAAAUGGAUACAAGCGAUUCCAAUUCCAGACAGUACUUUGUUGGUCUUUUGAUUCUAAACCUGUUAGGUUGCUCGUCCUACAACUAUCCCGUCCCAUUGAGUAACAGGAUGGAUCAGUUCCAGGUUUUAGCAGUUUGAUUAUGGAAUGGCUCAAUCUACUAAAGCAAUGACGUAUGCUAAAUUGUCAUAUUUAGCCAUCUUUAUGAACGAAUCUCCUCUUUUUUUUUCUUUUUUUUUUUGUAAACAAAGGUCUACUGAUAAGAAUGAAUCUUGAUAUGUUCAAGGAAACUGAUGACUCAGCAUGCAUGUGCCAAGUGUGUCACAUGCUUCAUUAUAAAUAAGUGUGUUUCUUCUCCUUUCCCUCAUAGAAUUCUUUCUACAAGUUGUCUUUAGUGGGGUCCUGCUCCAUCUCCAGCAAGGGAGUUUGUAAACAUUCGAGAUCUACAAUCACCAGUUUUAUGAAGAGAGUCCAGUUGAUCUUGAAGAAGCUUAUUUUCCAAAUAUUUCUCUAUUUCCUUACUAGAUUUGCAUCUUGGGCUAGUGUACUAUGCUCUUUCGCACUGGAUGGGGACUUCAUAUCCUCAGGAGCUGUUUCGCACAUUAUCGAAAUCGAAAGUCCACAGCAGCUUAUCAGAUGGCCUUCUUCAAUACAAAGGCAGUGAGGAGUAAGAGAAAAAUAGCAAGGAGAAUGGGUUCUUCAGGCUCGUUAUCAUCCCCUUCUCUCAGCUUGUCCCGUCUCGUACUGAUAAGCGAUCAACAAGAUUUCCCUACUGCAGCCACACCUAGAAAUGCUGACAACAUCGACGGUGAAGAUUCCAGAACCAUUACAACAUCUGAUAACAAGAUACUGAGAUUCUUGUUUCAGAAAAAACUGAAAAACAGCGAUGUUAGUUCCCUGGGAAGGAUCGUUCUCCCAAAGAAGGAUGCAGACGCACAUCUCCUGAACCUUACAGUAAAAGAAAGGAUCCAAAUUGGAGUGGGAGAUGUCUCCUCCAACGCAGUCUGUUGCAAGAGAUACAGGUGUUGGCCAAACAACUAUAGCAGCAUGUAUGUACUAGAGUGUACUGGGGACUUCAUGAAGCAGAAUAGUUGGAGACUUGAUCAUGGUGUAUUAGGAGGAUGAAAACAAGGAACUGGUGAGCUUUCCUUCACAACAAGAACAGGAUCUCCUCAAUCAGCACGGUGAUGUGGAUUGUUCUCUCUCACUUGUUCUCCCCAUUCAGAACACUACAACUCAUCCCGCAGUUCCCUCCCGUCCUUUGCCUCCAGAGGAAAAACUGAAAGAGCUUCAAGAAAUUACAUUUGUGAAGAGCCAGGCUGCUCUCUCUCUCUCUCUCUCUCUCUCUCUCUCUCUCUCCAUUUCCCCUGGAUCAUUGUUUACCUUAUACCAUACACGGCUGCUACAACAACGACAACACCGACACUGAUGCCAACACCAAUAACAACAGGAGCAACAACAAUGAUAUCAACAACAAAUACAAUGACAACAAAUCUAUUGCUUGCCUCAACCUUGAAGUAGAGGCAUAAUUCGCGAAAACAUAGGUGGAAGUAGUGCUGUAGGGGAGUGCUCAUCGUCAGAUAUUUCUUGUGCAGUUUCUUCUACAUUCAGAACUACAGCUCCUCUCAGCAGUGCUGCCGCCAUUGAUACGCCUUCUACUGCACAAUCACCACCACCAGCAGUUGGAGUGGAAGAGCCCUCACUGUUCAAUGCCGCUACUUAACUGUAAGACGAGGAGUACAAGAAGUUACCUGCUCUUAUAGUUCGCUCUUUCACUGACUUCAGCGACUGUUUGGUGAACUUAAUAUGCUCCCCAUAUUUGAGUCUCUUUACAACGAUUACCUUAUGAAGACGACAUUGACAAGGCUGGCAAGGGUAAUACAGCCCCACCCAAAUGAAAUGGAGAAUUAUCUAUUUCCUUUCUGUUUACCUCAUAUUUGGGAACUUGGGUCUCAAAAAACCCAAGGGGAUAGUUUUCCUUGGUUGUUUAGGUAGAGUGAGAAACAUUAAAGUGUUUAAUUCUUUUAUUAUGCAUGAUAUUAACAGGCUAUGGUUGUCCUUAGUUUUUCACCUCAAAGUGUCAUGGUUCAGGAUAGAAUUUAGCAUUUUGUUUUUACGGUUGUCACAUUGUAUGAUCUUUGGAAUGACAAUUCCAAGAUAAAAAGUGUGGUUGUACGCAUGUGUGUACAUUGGACUAGGUCUCUUGAGAAUUAAUCUUGAAUGGAAUGCUUUCGAAUAUUGAAGGAACAA